UCAGCUUGAAGUAUCGGUCGAAUACAUGAACCCUCAUCUUCUUCUGUCAUGCAUUGUUCACCUAUUUGAUACGUUCUGGGCCUAGCCGCGCCAAGACCUUGAAGGUCCGUUCUCAUCUCGCAUAAAUUUUCUCACAGGACUUUUCUCCGACCUUAACCUUCCAACACAACUUAUGGCUUCCACUCAACAGCUCUCGAUGGACAACAUCGAGCGAAAACGAACACAGCUUGAAGAGAAUGUCACCAAGCUGAAGCAAGCACUGAGGCACUGGCAGACAUGGGAGCUGGAGUAUGGUUUCUUCAAAGAAGAAAUCGAAAAUGCGAGCAAUCCUACUUCAUCUGAGAUCACCGAGAUGGGCCGUAACCUCGAGGGAGAGCUUCUCACCGAGAAAGAGGUCCAAGAUCUCCUAGGAAAGGAUUCUAGGCGCACUGCUAACCAAGUCAUUGACAUGAUCUCAAGGCGUAUGGACUACGUUCAACAGAACAUCUCCACAGUCGAGAAGCAAUUAGAUACAGCAGAGAAGCAGUUUGCUGGUGCUUCCAUACUAACAGCACCUGAUACAGAGAAUGAGGAAGGGUUGCCUUUGAUGGACAUCGUGGAAGAGUUGGACGAAGAAGGGAAUGUCAUAUCUGGGGAGGUGCUUCAGCCUGGGAAAGAGGCGCCAGAGCUCGUAGAGGCUUUGCGUAAAACAGGUAUUGAGAAGCUGAUGUUGAAGGACGAGGCGCCUGCACAGUCCAUUAAGAAGGACAACAUCACAGACGUUGCGACAUCAUCGACCCCCAAAACGCCAGUGGCUGCGGCCACGGACAAGGACGACGCAUCAAGCCCUCGGCCUCCAAAGGCAAAGAAGUCUGUCUCUUUCAAAGACCAAAACGCAGAGGAAACUAUUAAGAAACCAGUGUCCGCUGCGAAGGACACGGAUCCCACGCCACCCUCAAAGAAGCAGACUCUGGAAGCCAAUGGCUACAAUGGGGAUGUUUCAGACUUCAACUUCGCGCCUGGCUCGAAAGUCAUCGAAGUUGAUGAUGACUGGAACGAGGUUGCAUCCUAUCCCGUCGUCCCGCAAGGCGACACACCCGAAGAAGCCGCAUUGCGAAAGCAAAUGUUGCAAUACGGCCUGUCUGAAGUUGGAAAUGUCGUCGCCGAGAUUGAUCUAGAGGGUCGAGAUGAUGAUUACUCGGAUGAAGAUAUGGACGAUGAUUAUGAUGAAGACUACGACAGUGCCGAUGAAGAGGAAGACCAAUACGGUCGCAGUACCAAACGGGAAUUGAGCGACGAUUAUCGACAAAAGAUGCAAGAGUUAGAACAAAAGCUCAACGCAAGAAUGCUAGAGAACGUCGGACCACGUCCGGAACUAUCUCCGCUUGCUCAAUACUCAGAUGAUCUUCGCACACUUAGAGUUCGGAAGGAUGAGGCGGACCAACAAGCAGACGGGCAGAACAACGAACCGACAGAAUCGUCACAAAAGAAGGGUGUUCGCUUUGCGGAUACCUUGGACAUAUCCGAGGCCCCGCAAGCCCCCAUCGAAUCAAGGCGCAAUCUUCCCUCCACAUCCACCACAACAAUGUCAGAAACAAUCAUCGAACGGGUAGAUCCUUCAUCCCAGGCAUCUCCUAUGGCGCCAUCCAAGCCCGCGAAGGUUUCACGAUUCAAGAGUGCCCGUGCUGGUUCAUCACAGGGUGGUUUCAACUCGCUUCCUAUGCCACCUGCUCCAGUAGAGCAAGCUUUUCCAGCAGGACCCGAAGGUCGUACGCUUGCCGACUCUAUUGUCGAACACGAUGCCCAUGGUACCAAUGCUCAACCACCUGACGAGUUCGAUCCUGCCUUGAUCAAGCGUGAGGUCCAGGCUGAAUACCACAAGAUGCGAAACAAGAUGAUACAGCAACAAGGUGGCUUCACGCCGAGUGAAGAGGACACGGAGAACCCUAUUGUGGAAGAGAAGGAUGGCAAGACCAAAAGGGUCAGCCGAUUCAAAGCGGCGCGAUUAAAGGCUGAAGGUUUGUAAGAUACCUCGAGGUAAUCGAAGGGUGCCUGCCUCAAGUUUCUUCUCUUCUAUUCGUUUGUGUGUAUGAUGUCGUGAUGUCUUAUGUGAUCUAUGGAUCGGAACAGUUAUGCCCGUGAGAGAUGCUAUUAUCCAUGCAUCAGUCUCACAUUUAAUUAGUUCCUAGAGAAACUGGCGGGGAUUACUGCCGUGAAAACGCUUGAACAAGUAGCUUUUCACGUCCUACAAAACGACCCCGCACAUGCCCAUCUACUUUGAAGUAUUUAACUUAAUCAAUUUUAUUCAUUACUAC